AUGUCGGACGAGACGGAGCAACAGCUGACCUUUACGGUCAAGUCGUCCAACGACGCCAAAUAUGCCAUCACCAUCACAGCCAACUCUACCGUCAGCCAACUCAAGGAGAAGCUGGCAACGUCAGAUUUCGCAGACAUUCCGAUCGAGCGCCAACGUCUGAUCUACUCUGGUCGUGUGCUCAAGGACCACGAGACGCUAGCAAGCUACAAGAUCAAGGACGGCAACACUAUCCACCUGGUCAAGGGAGCCGAGAGCAACAACCGCCAGAACCCUGCCAACCAAGGAGGCUCGACUCCGGUCGCUGGAGCCGGCACAGCUGCCAAUGUUCCCACCAACAUCGCCGCCGGUACUGGCGCACACAANCCCCUGGCUCAACUGACAGGCGCACGCUACGCUGGUUUCCACCAACUGCCCGGCGCUGACAUGUUCGGCGCAGAUGGAGGUGUGAGUACUGAUAUACCUCGAUUGCUCGUUACAGCCACUGACAAUAAGUACAGNAUGGGCGCGCCCCCAGACCCGGAUCAACUCCUACGAAUGCUCGAGAACCCAGCCUUUGCCCAGCAGAUGAACGAAGCCAUGAACAACCCCGAUGUUAUCAACAUGAUGCGCAACAACCCUAUGCUCCGUAACAACCCUAUGGCUCAGCAGAUGUUCGACAACCCCGAUCUUCGUCGCAUGCUCAUGAACCCCGACUUUAUCCGAAUGCAGAUGAACAUGCAGAGAAGCAUNGGGCGGUGGUGGCAUGGGCGGUGCUGGUGCCUUCCCUGCUCCUGGCGCAACAGACACCUCCGAAUCAGACUCAACCUCGCAAACCACACAACAGCAGAACCAGCAACCUCCGCCAAACCCCUUUGCCAUGUUCGGCGGUGGUCAGGGUGCNNAGGAAGCGGCGCGAACCCUUUCGCUGCUCUAUUUGGUGGUAACCCUGGUGCCGCCCAAGGUCAAACACCGGCUGGCACUCCUCCCGUCCCUACCGCUGGUCAAGGAACUCCCGCCCAGGGCCAAACCCCUGGCGCCAACGCUCCCCAAGCACAAGCAAACCCCUUCGCAAGCCUGUUCGGUGGUAUGGGCGGCGCUCAAGGCGGUGGCUCGGAUCCCAUCCAACAGAUGGCCCAACAGAUGAUGCAGAACCCCGAGAUGAUGCGCUCAGCGAUGAACAUGAUGCAAGGCAUGUACGGCGGCAACAACAACUCAGGUGCUGCUGGUGGUGAAGGCGGCGCAGCGGCUGCCAAUUCCUUUGGCGGCAUGAAUCCUUUCGCAGCGCUAGGUGGUAUGGGUGGUAUGGGAGGCAUGGGCGGCUUUGGCGCACCGCAACAACAGCAGGACAGUCGUCCGCCAGAGGAGCAAUAUGCUACUCAACUGCAACAACUUAAUGCCAUGGGCUUCUACGAGUUUGAGCGCAACGUUCGUGCUUUGCGCAUGAGUGGUGGAAGCGUGGAAGGUGCUGUCGAGGUCUUGCUCAGUGGGUCAAUAUAG